AUGGAGGUGCAUAAGAAUGAGGUUGGACCAUCUAAGGGUUCCUCUAAAGAAGGUUGUCAGAAGAUUGGCAUUGUGGCCGGACUUUUAUUUUUCCUAUUAAUUGGGAUCUCUGUAGGACUGCUUACAACAUAUCUAGUGCAGGAGCAGCACAGCUUCAUAGAGACAGUGGAGCUGAAGGGUCUCAACUAUGAUGCAGCUCUGCAAAAGGAAGACUCUGGUUUCUACGUAGUGCUGUCUUCAGUUCUAAAAUCUAAAAUCAAAAGUAUCUUCAUAGCCUCAGCUAUAUCUCAUCAUUACAUUGACUGUGUCAUUUUGGGCUACGGAAAUAUUAAUGGAGGGGUCAUGGUGACGUUCCGACUGAUAUUUAAAACGUCAAAGAUCUGGCAGUAUUCUGACAAUCAUGUUCAGGAUUUACUCAGACGUGGUCUCAACUCAGUAAUGCAUGGCCAACCACUAGAGGUGCCGCAGUUUGGACAGGUCAAGGCUAUCAUCUUACUAGGUGCCAGUGGCAAGUCCUUUUAUUCUAUCGGGGAUGACAUGAAUGCCAGGUGUCCAGCUAACACCUUCACCUGUGAUGAUGGUGAAUGUGUGACCAAAAAGAAUCCAGAGUGUGAUUUUGUGCCAGAUUGUGCAGACGGAUCUGAUGAAGCACGCUGUUCAUGUGGAACACGCCCUGCCAUGGGCAGCCGGAUUGUGGGUGGAGAAGAUGCCCGUCAUGGGGAGCUGCCGUGGCAGGUCAGUCUGAGGCUUCAUGGUCGACAUACUUGUGGGGCCUCUAUCAUCAAUGAACGCUGGCUAGUCAGUGCAGCGCAUUGCUUCGAGAGGGACAAAGAUCCCAAAGAGUGGACCGCCCUGGUUGGGGCCCGUCUGGUGAGCGGUGAGGAGGCCGAGUCUAAAUUGGUCAAUGUUAAGUCAUUGAUCGUGUCUCCAGAUUACAACUCAAGGACCACAGACUUUGAUGUCACUGUUCUGGAGUUGGAAACUCCCCUUAUGUUCACUUCUUACAUCCAGCCGGUUUGUCUGCCCUCUACAUCUCAUCACUUCUCCCCUGGACAAACCUGCAUGGUGUCAGGAUGGGGAGCACUUAACCAGCUUAGCUCAUCGGUGCCCUCCAACCUGCAGAAGGCUGUGGUGAAGGUAAUUGACUCUGCAGUGUGCAAUAAGACAUCGGUGUACAGAGGAGCGAUCUCUCACAACAUGAUGUGUGCUGGUUUCCUGCAGGGCAAAGUAGACUCCUGUCAGGGUGAUUCUGGAGGGCCUUUAGUGUGUGAAGGAGCCCCAGGCAGGUUCUUCUUGGCCGGAGUGGUCAGUUGGGGCAUAGGCUCGGAUACAUCACUUUCUGUUUUAAACUGCAGUGGGAAUUUCCAGUGUAGCACGACUACGUGCAUAGACAAGGUAAACCCAGAGUGUGAUGGGGUAGUUGACUGUCCUAACCAGGCAGAUGAACAUCACUGUGAUUGCGGUGUGCGUCCGGCAUUAGGAUCUCAAAGGAUUGUGGGUGGAGUAACAGCUCGGAGAGGAGAGUGGCCCUGGAUUGGGAGCCUCCAGUAUCAGAGGCUGCACAGAUGUGGUGCCACACUUAUUUACAGCAAAUGGAUGGUGACCGCGGCACACUGUUUCAAAAGUGACCCAAACCCUGAUAACUGGGCAGUUAGCCUGGGAUCUGUGCUGCGCUCCGGGGUAGGAGCCCUCGUUAUCCCCAUUCAGAGGGUCCUUAUCCAUCCACACUUCAAUAGCACCAACAUGAAUUAUGAUAUGGCUCUUUUGGAGCUAUUGGUGCCUGCACCCACGUCCUACACCAUUCAGUCCAUAUGCCUGCCCUCUGCAGCGCACAGAUUCAUGAAGAGCGCAGAAUGCUACAUCACUGGAUGGGGAUCAAUGCGCGAGGGCGGUUCUCUUACAAACCUACUGCAGAAAGCUGCGGUUAGCAUCAUUGAGCAGGCAGACUGUCAACUCUCUUAUGGAAAUGUGCUCUCUCCAAACAUGAUGUGUGCUGGACACAUGGACGGAGGCAAAGACACUUGCUUGGGAGACUCUGGAGGACCACUUGCAUGCCGUGAGCCUUCAGGCCAGUGGUUUAUUGCUGGAGUGACCAGUUGGGGCCAUGGUUGCGGAAGAAUAGGCUUUCCUGGAGUAUACACAAGAAUGACUUCAAUGAGGAAGUGGAUAUCUUCAUAUGUGCAUUUGUGA